AUGGACAACCAAAAGAGCUCUGGGAGGCGCCACGAGCAAUCGUCUUCGAGUUCAUCGUCAUCUCGGAGAAGCUUGAAGAGGAAACCGGACGAUGAAUUUAAAGAAGAUCGGUUAAAGAUCGUCCGCGACGAUUCGAUCUCUCUUUCUCCUCGUGGAGCGCAACGAAAAGAUCUCGUGAGUGAAAUUCGUGCACAAGUCGAGAUCCUUGAGUCGGCGUUCUCGUAUACCGAGGCGGAUCGCGCGUCUGCUAAACGCGCAAUCCACGUUCUCUCCGAACUAGCAAAGAACGAGGAAAUAGUGAACGUGAUAGUGGACUGCGGGGCGGUUCCGGAAUUGGUGAGGCAUCUACAGGCACCUCUGCCGUUGAGAGAGGAUGACACUGGUCCGAGGCCUUAUGAACAUGAAGUCGAGAAGGGGAGCGCCUUCACGCUUGGACUCCUUGCCAUUAAACCAGAGCAUCAACAACUCAUUGUCGAUGCUGGAGCUCUACCUCAUCUUGUGGGUCUGUUAAAGAGGCACAGGGAAAAUCAAAACUCCAGGGCAGUAAAUGGUGUCAUAAGGAGAGCAGCAGAUGCAAUCACUAAUCUUGCUCAUGAGAAUAGCAGCAUUAAAACUCGUGUUAGAAUUGAGGGUGGUAUCCCACCUCUUGUUGAACUGCUCGAGUUCCUUGAUGCAAAGGUUCAGAGAGCAGCUGCUGGAGCUCUGAGAACCCUUGCCUUUAAAAAUGAUGAGAACAAGAAUCAGAUUGUGGAUUGCAAUGCUCUACCUACUCUUAUAUUAAUGCUGCGGUCUGAAGAUGCUGCCAUACACUACGAAGCGGUUGGUGUCAUUGGGAAUCUGGUCCACUCAUCCCCAAACAUUAAGAAAGAAGUCCUUGCUGCUGGAGCUUUACAACCUGUCAUCGGGUUACUUAGUUCAUGUUGUUCGGAGAGCCAAAGAGAAGCUGCUUUGCUGCUUGGGCAAUUUGCUGCUACUGAUUCAGACUGUAAGGUGCACAUUGUCCAAAGAGGAGCUGUGAGGCCACUCAUUGAGAUGCUUCAAUCACCAGAUGCCCAAUUAAGAGAAAUGUCAGCCUUUGCACUGGGGAGAUUGGCUCAGGAUGCACACAACCAAGCUGGUAUUGCACACAGUGGCGGUGUAUUGCCAUUACUGAAGCUUCUUGGAUCCAAAAAUGGUUCUCUACAGCAUAAUGCCGCAUUUGCUCUUUAUGGGCUGGCAGAUAAUGAGGAUAAUGUUGCAGAUCUUAUCAGGGUUGGAGGUGUUCAGAAACUUCAAGAUGGCGAAUUUAUUGUUCAGCCAACUAGGGAUUGCGUAGCGAAAACAUUGAAACGACUUGAAGAGAAAAUUCAUGGACGAGUUUUGAGUCAUUUGUUGUACAUGAUGCGUGUUGGUGAGAAAGUUGUUCAAAGACGAGUGGCCUUGGCCCUUGCUCAUCUCUGUUCUCCAGAUGAUCAAAAGACAAUCUUCAUCGAUAACAAUGGACUGGAGUUGCUCUUGGAGAUUCUGGAAUCAACUAACUUGAAGUACCAAAAAGAUAGCUCUUUGGCUUUGUGCAAGGUGGCUAGUAAAGUCAGCUCACUUUCUCCUGUGGAUGCAGCUCCUCCCUCCCCAACACCUCAGGUGUAUUUGGGUGAGAAAUUUGUAAAUAAUCCUACAUUGUCUGACGUGACAUUUUUGGUUGAAGGCAAAACGUUCUAUGCACACAGAAUUUGUUUACUUGCUUCGUCUGAUGCAUUCCGGGCAAUGUUUGAUGGUGGUUAUCGGGAAAGAGAAGCAAAGAACAUAGAAAUUCCGAACAUUAGAUGGGAUGUUUUUGAGUUGAUGAUGAGGUACAUAUACACAGGUUCUGUUGAUGUCACUUUGGAUAUUGCACAAGAUCUUCUGAAAGCUGCCGAUCAGUAUCUUUUGGAGGGGCUUAAGCGCCUGUGUGAAUAUGCCAUUGCACAGGACAUUUCUGUGGAGAAUGUCUCUCUCAUGUUUGAGUUAUCGGAGGCAUUCAAUGCGUUGUCGCUGAGGCAUUCUUGCAUUCUAUUCAUCUUGGAAAACUUUGACAAACUAAGUAUUAUGCCAUGGUACUGUCAGCUGAUCCAACAUAUUUUACCAGAGACGCGAAGCUACUUUAUAAGAGCACUAACGAGACCAGUCCACACUGAGCUACAACAAUAG